AUGGCAGACGACGCGCCGGAGCGCAACAUCGAGGACCCUGAUGUGAUAACGAAAUAUAAAACAGCCGCGGAUAUCGCAAACCAAGCGUUAGAGGCUGUCUCUCGAGCGCUACGGCCAGGAGCGUCCGUCGCUGCGCUGUGUCGGCUGGGUGACGAAGCGAUCCGCAACCGCUGCGGAACGGUAUUCAACAAAAACAAGGGGAAGAAGCGGGAACCAAUUGGAAAAGGCGUGGCGUUCCCGACUUGUAUCGGGAUCAAUAACUGUGCAGGUCAUUUUUCUCCGCUAGAAACCGAGGACACCACGGUAAAGGAGGGCGACGUUUGCAGUAUCGACCUGGGGGCCCAUAUCGACGGUUAUGUGGCGCUCCUGGCAGCCACUGGCAUCGUUACCGAAUCUGGACUCCAAUGGCAGGCGCAUCCCCUGGAACUUUUUGCGUGGUCUGAGGCGAAGACUCGCAACGAGACCUCGGAGGCACCUGGAGCCUCGGAAACUGAAAGCAUGCAGGUAGAACGGAAUGGAAAAGAUCAACCGGCGGUUCCCGAGCGAGCAGCGGAUGCAAUUUGCGCUGCCUACUAUGCAGCGGAAGCUGCUUUGCGACUUCUAAGACCAGGGUGUAAGAAUUCGCAAGUGACAGAGGUCCUGGCUAAAGUGGCCGCAGAUUUCGGGUGUUCCGUCGUGGAGGGUGUGCUUUCCCAUGAAAUGAAACGAUAUGUCAUAGACGGGAGGCGUGUGAUCUUAAGCAAGCCGACAGUCGACCAGCGGGUAGAGGAAUGCGAGUUUGAGGUGAACAGCGUCUUCGCUAUCGAUGUUGUGAUGUCGACCUCGGAGACCGGCAAAGUCAAGCCUGGCGAUGCAAGGACAACGGUGUUCAAACGAGCGAUCGAUCGGGAUUACUUGCUCAAAAUGAAAGCCUCCCGCCAGUUGUUCAACGAGGUGAAUCGAACUUCACCAGUUUUUCCGUUCACGCUCCGGGGGAUCGUCCAGGAUGAUCCGGAGAACAAGGUUGCGCGGCUCGGUAUCGGAGAAAUGCAGAGCCAUGGCCUCGUCAUCCCUUACCCAGUUCUCUAUGAGAAAGAAGGCCAUUACAUCGCCCGAUUCAAGUAUACUGCGCUCAUCCUCCCAGCGUACACGCAGCGCAUCACCACGAUGCCCUUUCCAACUGGGGUCAAAAGCUCGAAAACAAUUCAAGACCCAUAUGUCCGACAACUGCUCGAGCAGCCAGUAGGCAAAGAGGCAAAGCGCCUUCACAAGCAAGCAGCCAAAGCAGCCAUGCGGAUCGAUAGUAACGGAGAACCGCGUCCAGUAUCGGCAACAGCAGAAGAUGCGCGCAUGUAG